GGUGAUUUCAUCCCUUCCGUGACAUUUCGCCUUUCAGGGUUCCUGGGCGUGUGUGUCAGGCUGCUGUUGUGUUGCCGAACGUUUUGUUAAUUAAUCAUUAUUUUGCUACUAAUUUCUGAGUGGUUAUCCCGCCUCCCUUAAUGAGCUGGCUCUUGCCAAGUGUGGUGUGACGUGAAAUGAUGCUGAUAACUGAUACCACGUUGGAGAUUCGGCUUUUUCUUUUACUUUGUGAACAAGUUUGGGGUGGGGGGAUCCAACAGAGCAGCUGAGGGAGUUCCCUGAAGAGCUGGCUGGGAUCUGUGGUGCUCCUCAAGUGCUUUCUGCCUUUAGGAAUGCUACACAGAAUUUUCCCCUGGAGAACAGAAGCGUGAAGGAAAGCUUGAAGAUGGCACAAAAAGCUGACAUAAAGCAGUAAAACGUGUGAGCUGCAAUGUAACCCAUAUUUUCAAGAGUACAGUACGCUGCAAUUGCCUUUGCACGUUAUUUUUAUAUAAUUAUUUUCUGAGACAGCAGUAAAUAGUGGGUUUGUGUAAUGGUGAUGACAACUGUCUACCUGUACCACUAUCUUUAAUCUUGGAAUCAUAGAAUGGUUUGCAUUGGAGGGCUCCUUAAAGAUCAUCUAGUACAGUUUGAGAUAAUUUUCCACUUUAUCAUGCAGGUCUGUGGGGUUUGUUUUUUUGUUUUCACAAACAUUCCAGGAGCUGUAGUGAUUCAAGAAGUUGCCCGCUUGGUGCGUGGUUUUCUUUUUCUCAUUAAAAAUAGUGCUAUAAAGAGGCCUGCAGGUCUGUGUGUGUGCCCAGGAACGAUGGCGACAGAGUCCCCGCGCCGCCCCAGUCGCUGCACUGGAGGAGUGGUGGUUCGCCCUCAAGCUGCCACGGAACAGUCAUACAUGGAAAGUGUUGUUAACUUCCUCCAAGAUGUUGUGCCACAGGCCUACAGUGGAACCCCUCCAGAAGAAAAAGAGAAAAUUGUCUGGGUCAGAUUUGAAAAUGCAGAUUUAAAUGAUACAUCCAGGAAUAUGGAAUUCCAUGAGAUCCACAGCACUGGGAACGAGCCCCCGUUGCUGCUGAUGAUUGGAUACAGCGAUGGGAUGCAAGUCUGGAGCAUACCUAUCAGUGGGGAAGCUCAGGAGCUGUUCUCGGUGCGCCACGGGCCGGUUCGAGCCGCUCGGAUCCUCCCAGCUCCUCAGAUCAGUGCUCAGAAAUGUGAUAAUUUUGCUGAGAAGCGGCCUCUGCUUGGUGUGUGCAAAAGCAUUGGAUCUUCUGGCACCAGCCCACCCUACUGCUGUGUGGAUCUGUAUUCCCUGAGAACAGGAGAGAUGGUCAAGUCCAUCCAGUUCAAAACUCCUAUUUAUGACCUGCAUUGCAAUAAAAGGAUCCUCGUUGUGGUCCUGCAGGAGAAAAUCGCCGCCUUUGACAGCUGCACUUUCACCAAAAAAUUCUUCGUUACCAGCUGCUAUCCUUGUCCAGGGCCAAACAUGAAUCCUAUUGCUCUUGGAAGCCGUUGGCUUGCUUAUGCAGAAAAUAAGCUGAUCCGAUGCCAUCAGUCCCGUGGUGGAGCCUGUGGAGACAACAUUCAGUCUUACACUGCCACAGUCAUUAGUGCUGCCAAAACAAUAAAGACUGGGCUGACGAUGGUGGGGAAGGUGGUGACACAGCUCACGGGGACGCUGCCGUCGGGAGCCACCGAGGAGGAAAUCCUGGCUCACAGCAACCUCCGCCGCAGUCCCCUGGUGCCUGGGAUUGUCACCAUCAUCGACACCGAGACCGUGGCAGAGGGACAGGUCCUGGUGAGCGAGGACUCGGACAGUGAUGGCAUCGUGGCCCAUUUCCCUGCCCAUGAGAAGCCCAUUUGCUGCAUGGCCUUUAACCCCAGUGGGAUGUUGCUGGUCACCACUGACACAUUAGGCCAUGAUUUCCAUGUUUUUCAAAUCCUGACACAUCCUUGGUCAUCAUCACAAAGUGCCGUCCAUCAUUUGUACACACUUCACAGGGGAGAGACCGAAGCCAAAGUCCAGGAUAUCUCCUUCAGCCACGACUGCCGCUGGGUGGUGGUCAGCACGCUGCGAGGCACUUCCCACGUUUUCCCCAUCAACCCCUACGGAGGCCAGCCCUGUGUCAGGACUCACAUGUCCCCACGGGUGGUCAAUCGCAUGAGCCGCUUCCAGAAGAGCGCAGGGCUGGAGGAGAUCGAGCAGGAGCUGACAUCGAAGCAGGGAGGACGCUGUAGCCCCGUGCCCGGCCUGUCCAGCAGCCCCUCUGGCUCACCUCUCCAUGGUAAAUUGAACAGCCAAGACACUUACAAUAACUUCACAAACAACAAUCCCGGGAAUCCUCGACUCCUGCCUCUCCCAAGUUUGACUGUGGUGUUGCCUCUGGCUCAAAUCAAGCAGCCAAUGACAUUAGGGACCAUCACCAAACGCACAGGACCUUACCUGUUUGGAGCAGGAUGUUUUUCCAUAAAAGCUCCUUGCAAAUCCAAACCAGCUCCACAGAUUUCACCCAGUAAAUCUGUGGGAGGGGAGUUUUGUGUCGCUGCAGUCUUUGGAGCUUCAAGGUCAUGGUUUGCAAACAAUUCUGGUCUCAAACGAGAAAAAGAUCAGUCCAAGCAGUUUGUGGUGGAGUCCCUGUACAUCAUCAGCUGCUAUGGGAGCCUGGUGGAGCACGUCCUGGAGCCGCGGCCGCUCAGCACCGCGCCCAAGAUCAGCGACGACACCCCCCUGGAGAUGGUCACCUGCCCCAGGGCCAGCUGGACUUUGGUUAGAACUCCUCAGUGGAAUGAACUCCAACCACCAUUUAAUGCAAACCAUCCACUGCUCCUGGCUGCAGAUGCUGUGCAGUACUACCAGUAUCUUCUGGCUGGCUUGGUGCCACCAGGGAGCCCUGGGCCCAUCACCCGGCACGAGUCCUACGACAGCUUGGCCUCCGACCACAGCGGGCAGGAGGAUGAGGAGUGGCUGUCACAGGUGGAAAUCGUGACUCACACUGGGCCUCAUCGACGCCUGUGGAUGGGCCCUCAGUUCCAGUUCAAAACCAUCCACCCCUCAGGCCAAACCACCGUCAUCUCCUCCAGCUCCUCCGUGCUGCAGUCGCACGGGCCCAGCGACACCCCGCAGCCUCUCCUGGACUUUGACACAGAUGAUCUCGAUCUCAACAGCCUCAGGAUCCAGCCGGUGCGCUCGGAGCCCGUCAGCAUGCCGGGGUCCCCGCGGCCCGCGGCCGACCGGCGCGGCGUCUCCACGGUCAUCGACGCUACUUCAGUCCACCACUUCAAGUAUUCUCAUUUCCUGCUCUUCCCACGGCAUGCCCUACACGGCUGAUGUUCUUUAUGGAAAAGACAUUUUUAGGUUUGAAGGAUUUUUAAGUAGGUCAUAAAUUUUUUCCUGCCUGAGCUGAACCAGGAAGUGAUUGUUCAGCUGUGCCCCUGCACUGGAGCCUGUUGCACUUUAUGAAGAUGCUUAUCUGGAGGUUUGAUUGCCUGUUGCUUGGAGAUGCAACCCGUGUGGCGCCUCUGCUUAUCUGACUCAUCACUUCUCCUUCCUAUCAAAAGACUCCAAGUACAUGUUUAUCAUCUCCCAUUAUCCUUCUGCCAUCCUCAAUAGCUUCCUCCCUUCUCUCCCAUUGGUGUUGCAUUUAAUAAGCAGUUUGUGUGCUUUUUUUAAGCGUGGAUUUCCUCAUGUGUCUGUAAAACUGGGGUGUGCUAAGGACAAUCUCAUAAGAUCACUUGCAAAAGUCUUCAUUUAAAAAGUGCAGAACUGUAAUGCUGUUAUCAAUAGUGAAAAUUUGCAAUGGCAUUCUCAAGGUGGGUGGCUGAAUCUGUAAAGAUUACUUGGAUAUAUUUUAAAAAUGCAUAUUACAAUAUGGUUCUCUCAACUCAAAAUUCUCCUAAGACACUCUUCUCUGGUUUAUUUUUUCAAGAAAAGUUUGCUAAAGUUCAGUCACCUAAAGCUACUGGACAUUUGUCCCUCAAUGCACAUAUUUUAGUCAUAUGCAUCAAAGAGAGAAUAUACCCUCAAGGAUUAAAUGCACUGUAAUUCCAGAUGCUAUUCCAGACUGGCAGUUGGAAAUGUUAAAGGGGGACAGCAGUGAGUUUAAAUCUUUGUAAAGCAGGAAGGAAUUAUUAUUGGUGAUAAUGCAGCAGCAGAACCACUGCACAGGUUCACUGUGUGCAGCAAGCAGAGGCUGUUUGUCCCUCCUCCCCAAAGGUGUGCUCAGACUGUGGCUUGGCUUUGACACAGGUGGGUUAAAUCUUAGUAAGCCAGGUUCUAUUUAUGGGCCCAGAAAUGAAAGACAAACCUUAGAGAGUCCAGGCACCUCUCUGAAUUUUCAUCCUAUAACCUGUGGAGAAUGACAUACAUCAUAUGUGUUCCACAGCUGAAAACCCAAACCUGGUACAACUCUCUGAACAAUGAAUGAUGCAGAAAUUAGGGGUGUAGGCAGGUUAGGAUAUCUGCACAGUCAACUCUGAGCUUUCAGAGCUAGAAAAGCUGUAGGGAAAGGAUUUUGCAGCAGUUGUUGGUCAGUGAGUUUGCUCAGAGUGCUGCACUGAGUGCACCCGAGUGUUUCCCUUCAGCUGCAGCCCAGGUGUGCUCAGUGACUCAGGUGUGUGCUCAGCGACUCAGUCUUGCUCAUUGAAGAGAAGUGGCUGCAUCUCUGAGUCUGUCUAUGGAAACCUUGUUUAUUCCCUCACACAAAGAGGUUUUGGACACUUACCCAUCAGCCAAGUAAUGAGUUGGUUGCGUUGCUAGUGGAGGAUGAGAACAUUGGCAGAGGAAUUGUCUGAUCUCUUUUUAUGCAUCAACCUCUUCCAUUCCUGCUGGGAGGAGAUCACAGAAUAGAAUCAUAAAUCUGUUUCUUUCUUGCCUAGAAUAAAUGCAGAAAUUGAGUGGGAAGGAUUUCAGUGAAUGGCAUUAUUUAACGAAUAAAAUUAAUUUGUAGAAGAAAAAGAUCCUGAGGAUUCUUUUCCUCAUUAAUUGUUUGUGGGGUGGGGGGAACCUUAAUGUUCUCAACUGAAACCUGGUGAGUGCUGUGCUGCAGGGACAUACACACAUAAUUUUUUAAUGAAGAUUGUUUAUUACUGUUGUAUAAAACUCUGACAAUACUAAGCUCUCUUCUGGUUACUUCAAUCAAUGCCCACUUAAAAUCAGCUUGUAAUUUAGUACUUCCUUUUCUUUUGUGUGUGACUGGCUGGUCAUGGACAGAGAGCUCUGCCUGCAGAGGGUUUGAUGAACAGAAGAAUUGACUGGGGCUUUGUGGGGGAUGGAGUUGUCAUUUUAUUGUUCAUCACCACACCUGUGAGGCAGCGACCACGGGACAGAUUUUUACUGUCCAGCAAUGCUCUCACCUGCAAUUUAAUAAACACUUCUGCUGUCACACCUUAAA